AUUCCUAGUGUCCACCAAAUUCCUCAGCGCUCUCUCACACUCCUCUGCGGCCACGACUCCGGGGGUGGGGAAACGGAGCCGAGUUCCUCCCCGCAGAAGCCCUCCCGCUGCCUUCUCCCAACUCUGCGAAGGGGAACGGGGUGUGAGACUCAACCAGACCCCAACUCCCAUUCCCAACACGAGGUGGCUGCCCCACACGCCACACCCGGGGGCCCACUGGUGUGGGGCUCGCUCUCGCUCUCGCUCUCCCCCCGCCUCUCUCUCAUCCUCUCCCCCAAACAUGUCCACCGGCUCCCUCAGCGAUGUGGAGGAUCUUCAAGAGGUGGAGAUGCUGGACUGUGACGGGCUGAAAAUGGACUCGAGCAAAGAGUUUGUGACUUCCAACGAGAGCACCGAGGAGAGCUCCAACUGCGAGGCGGGGUCUCCCCAGAAGGGCCGCGGAGGCCUGGGCAAGAGGAGGAAGGCGCCCACCAAGAAGAGCCCCUUGAGCGGCGUCAGCCAGGAGGGGAAGCAGGUCCAGCGCAACGCGGCCAACGCGCGCGAGCGGGCGCGGAUGCGGGUGCUGAGCAAGGCCUUCUCCAGGCUCAAGACCACCCUGCCCUGGGUGCCCCCGGACACCAAGCUCUCCAAGCUGGACACGCUCAGGCUGGCGUCCAGCUACAUCGCGCACUUGAGGCAGAUCCUGGCGAACGACAAGUAUGAGAACGGGUACAUUCACCCGGUCAACCUGACGUGGCCCUUUAUGGUGGCCGGGAAACCCGAGAGUGACCUGAAAGAAGUGGUGACCGCGAGCCGCUUAUGUGGAACCACAGCGUCCUGACCUUGGAGCUUUCUAGGAGCAGACAGGACCCAAACAACUCAUAAUGCCGAACUGGGAAGAAACAAUGGAAGCUAUGAAAAGCAUAAACACCGUAACCUUUAGGAAGUGCUGCAACAUACAUUAUAGAGUUCUUCUUAGUAAUUAAUGAAUUACUUCUAACACCGCUCAAGCCUAUCGGUUAGUUAGCCAGCGCCUUCAGCUCCCGGCCACGACUUCCGGCGGACUGGGUUUUAAUUUAAACAUCUUCCAUGCUACGGAACAGCUCGUUGGGGAAGAUUAAGUUGAGAUAAACAGUGAGGCGAGGCCGAAGAGCCUGGAACCGGGUUCACUCGCUGCCCCAGCACAACCCGCAGCGGCCGCUGAGCCAGAUGCCACCAGGGCUGUUUAAUGUUCGGGGUUAUGACCGCAGUGUUUACAAGACGUCUUCGGUUAUUUAUACUGUUAUUCCUCGCAGAGGGCCUUGAAACUUCCGCUUCAUUUGCUCUUUCUUUUCGAUUUUUUUUUCCUCUUUUUCUCGGCUCAGUUUGGUACCUGGAGUAAGAGCUCCCUCCGACCACCUCAUGCACCCCCAACCAACCACAGGGCUGCUUAGGGGGUGGAACUCUGGGCCUGGACUUCUGGGAAGGCCCCCGGCGACCCUGGUCCAGACAGGUGAACCGCUGUGCCAGGGCGCUUCUCUGCCGGUGAAGACUCCCACAUUACCAAGUGCAAUUCUCCAGUCUCGGAGGGCUGGGAACUUCGCUCACUCCUAAUCCGCCUGUCUGUUAUUUGCACCUCAGAGGACAACUCGGGAUGUCUGGCUUUCCUACCACUCCCCCCAAACCCCUCUUGACCUUUAGGAACUCAUUUCAAGCUCUGACCACCUCCACCUUCCCCAAAUUCCCAUGUUCCAUCACUUCAACCACAGGGCCAGUGUCCCAGGCUCCUCCAAACUUCAGAACCCAAGUCAGAGUUGAGUCCCAGAGUGAUUCAGUUGUUUGCAUUUCAGGAUCAGCAAAAUUUCCAAGCUCCCACUCACAUUCUUAUAAACCAAACGCUCAAAAUUCUGAGCACCCGACUCAGGUGGCCCACAGAGAAGAAAUUUCUGCUUGCUCCUUCCGUGGACCCCAAACUGCAAACGGACUUUUUAAAAAGUACUAGGCCCCCUUCCUAUAAUUUGAAGCCUUUGCUUUCGGCAUGAGGCAUGAGUCUAUGAACAGGGAACAUGUGAAUGAAUCCCAAGUUCUGCCUCUAGCUUUUCCCUGAAGAAGGGCCCAUCCUCAGUUUUCCCAUCUCUGAAAAUGGAGAUAAACGUUAAAAUCAUCAUACUCAUGCUUUUCCUCUUCUGCCUCACAAAACCUCAGUGGGACAUAAAUGUGAUCAUAUUUGUGUGAUCACUUUAUAAAAGAAAAGAUCUGUGCAAGUAUCAGUUACUUUCGCUAAGUAGCCAGAGAUGAGCUGUCCAUGCUUGACCCAACCUGACAGUGUCUCAGGCAGGAAGCUCAAAGCCUGUGUGUUCAUGAAGUGCAGGUGAUAGUCUUUCUAUUCCCUGAACAAAACACCUUUCUUUCUUUGAUGCAAUGCUGAAGGUUAUGAUUUCUCUCUCUCUGUUCACAUGCCUUUACCUCUCCCUGGUGUUCUCCAAGUUUGUCUAGAGCUUUCUACCAAUGUGACUAUUUCCUGAAAAUCUAAAACCCAUAAUUCGGAGAGCAAGGACAGGGCCCAAGAUCAGCAAAUAGAAGGGAUACACUGGGGUCUUGCUGUCAGGAGGGCCUGCCAACAGGGGCCACAAGGCAGCCACAAGGCAGGGGUGUACUUGGGGUCCCACGGUUGUUCAUUGAAAGGAGCAGGCAACACUGCAGGAACGACUAGGUUUUGGCUACCACUAGCCCCAGGAAUGUGGCAAUGUGACUGCCCCAAACACUUGCAUACACACAUCCACAGUUUAAACACUUCUUCCCCAUGGACUCUUCUCUUACACCAGCCAGAUCCCCAGCUCUCCCCCACCCACCAGGCCCUACUGUUGUCCAGGAACAGCCAUCCCACCCUUGUCCAGUCCAGGUACCUGGUGUGCCUUGAUCUGAAAAGGAGGCAAGUGGCAGCUGGGGGAGGAACGGGGACCUCCUUUGCUGCUUGUCAGAUAAGGGUGAGGGGUAGGGCGUGUCCUAUCUGUGGCCUCUUCAUUAUGAAAACUAUCUUAGAAGGUACUUUCAGAAAGAACCAGGAGAACAACCAAAACAGACUGUAGAAGCUUGGAAGAUAAACAUGUCUGCUAGUCCUCAGGAGAAGGAGACAGGUACUAAAACUGGCCUGUAGCUGAUGGGGAAGUCCCCCCCCCCAUUCUGAUCGCUUGUAUGACUUUUUACAAUUUAUUAUGCUUCUAUCAGGUUUUUCCACUGUGCUAUUGGAGACUUCCUUUUAAAAAGAGAAGUGGUGAACGAGAUCUGGUACCUCUGGAUAUAUUUGGUGACCAGUAGGAAAUACUGCCCAAGGAGCCUUUUAAGCCAGAAGCUCCGCAGUGUGUGUCAUCCAGAAUGACCUAGGUGGCUGGUGGAAGUCCAUGAUUGAUUCAUCCCUUCAUCCCCUCCCCCAGUUCGGGAUUCAAGAGGUCUGGGGUGGGGUCCCAGAGUUUCUAACAAUUUCCCAAGGGAAGCUGAUAUGGCUGGUCCAGGAAUCACCCUUUGAGAAUCACUGUUGGGGGAUCUCUCUCAGAGAAACAAAAGAAGUGAAUACAGACAGAAAGAAAAUAUUUGGGAAAAUUUUUAAGAGGCUGCAUGUUCUGGGCUCCAGUUUCAUUUGCCUUUCUAUUCACCCCAAGAUGGCAUGCAGUGCAUUCCUAACGCUUAAAUGCCAGUCGGGAAAUCAAAUCACUUGUCCUCAGAAAAUAAAAGAUUUGUGUGGCCCUCCUGUAUCAUCGAAGUUUGUGCGCUCAUCUUGUGCCCUCCAGACAGACUUUAGUCAUCAGAUGAUGAGUUGCAGACCUGGAGGGUUUAGGGCCCUGCUGCUCUUGGCUCCUUUGCGACCCCUAAGGGGGAAAAAAUGGGCAUCCAGGACUCACGCCCCCGUCGACCCCCACCCCUGGUUGUGCAGAGGGCCCCAGCAAAUAUUUUCCUUUCACUUCAGUAAGAGUAGGUGGCUUGGCUCUGCGUUGGGGCCCUGUGCGUCAGGCCCGCAGGAAGUCGGCCUGGGUUGGGGUGCAGGGGCUCUAGGGAUGGUGGUGAGCGGAGGGUGCGGCUGGCGGGCAGGUCAGGGACCCGAGCCCAGGGGCGGAGUAGGGAAUGACGGGUUUUCGUUGGCGGCUUUUCUACUCCCAAGAGUUGAUGGAAGUAGGCGGGGGGAGAAGAAAGGAGGCUCCGAGCCCCAGCCUACACAGCCUCCUGGGUCCACGGGCUUUUCCGGGCACCGCCCCCGAGUCUGCGGGUUCUGAGUGCGAACCGCCCCGCGCUCAGAUGCCACCCCGGGAAGGUUCUAGGGUUAAGACCCCGCACAACCACGGAGGGGAGGCGCCCGCCCCACGCAGCUUGCUUGCCGAACUUUCUUUCCUAGCUUUGCAUCCUUCCCUACAAAUGCUGGCUGUGCCCCUGGAAGCUCGCGUGCUGCCAGCUGCAUUGUUGAGAGCUCCUCCGGCUUCCUCCGGACUCCUGGGGUCGACGUGACUUUGAUCUUGAGGUCGGGGCCAGCUCCGCAGGUCCACCCUCCACUCGGUUCACAGAAGGAUUAUCCGCCUCGGGGACCAGGCUUAAAAUCCCCUCUCUGGGCAGAGGGAGGAGAAAAAGGUGGAAAGGGCGAAGGGAACUGGCAAGGUUCAGACCUUCGGGGAGACCAGACUUCUCUGAGCGACAUCAUCACCCUUGUCCCCAGAAUCCAGAGUAGCGCCCGACAAUUCCAUAAAUGUUAAAUCAAGGAUGAAUUUGAAUCAUUGACUCUCUGAGCUUUGGUGAAGGAAAUUCGAGCCAAGAAAUUGACAGUGGGGCUGUUGUUGUGCUUAAAAUGAAACUCAAUUCUUAGGUUGACAUCUCCGGUGCGUAUUUGAGGAAAGCACAACGCAAGCACAGGUGAUGGGACUGGGUGGCAUCAUCUGGGAGUGGGAUGUUUCAACUGCCCUCAGCCCGACACUGUGAUGAAAUCUCCUUUUUCCCUUUCCAGUAGAAGAUGACAUUAUUAGUUAUGAAUGUACCUGGCCUUUAGAUCAGAAUCAUUAGCUUAAAAGGUGCUUUGAAUAGUAGAAAUAAUAUAAGACACUGACUGUGUAAGAAUAAAAUGUUCGUGGGAUGUUAUUUUUAAAUUAAUCCAGUUGGUGAUAAGGAAGUAGUCCGUUGCCUUUUACAAAGAUGUAGAUUACAUCUAAUAUGUAAUGUAAUGGAAGGAGCUUUUGAGUACUUGACCAUUCAGACCUUAGUUCUUCCACCUGUAAAAUGAGUAUAAUAAUGACUCCUUUGGUGACAUAAUCUCUGGUACAUGUUAGACACCAAUUAAUACUAGUUUUCCUACUCUCUUCUCCCUUUCUUCUCAUCACUAAGUUAUAAAGGUGCCUCAAAGAAUGAUAUGCAUUUACCCUAAAUAGUUAUCUAACCAAUAGGAAACAAUAUUAAAUUCUUAUGAUAAUCUAAGUGCUCAGGGUAUCUUGAAAGUGUUUAAAACAAGUUACAUUCAGGUCUCAGUCUUUCUUAUAGAGACCUCACCACUUUAUCUGCAGUGGAUCCUGCUAGAAGUUCUGUAUUUCUGCACUAAUCACUUUAUCAAUAACAGAUAAUUCUUAUUUUCCUUCAUUUCUCU